CCACCUGGCGCCCUGCGGCCACACAGCGCGUGAGCGCGCCGCUCCUCGAGAGAGAGCAGAACUCGACAAGCGAGAGAGUGUCAUCGCAGCACGGAGGAAGGCGACCUGUCAAAGCGGCCCUGACCGUUGGCUGCCGGAAGCGAGUCGCCUGCGAGGCAGCUCGCACCCUCACCGACAUGUUCCCCCUUUCGGGUUUCUGGCAACAAAUCGUCAAAGGAAGGCCGCGUCCGAGGAACGCAUACUUCGCCGCGUGGUCCAUGGGCCUGCAGAAGAACGAGUGCGCAAACCUGUACCCUGACUGUUCGGACAGCGUCGCUGGCGCGGUGCUGCCGCUGGCCAACGAGGCCGUUGGAACAAAGGGAAUCGUGAGCACGUUCAUCGAGCGCCUGUCCGCCCCAUCUGCUGCCCACGUUCCCAGAGAACCUGGUGCACCGCGACCUUCGCUGGUGAUGGAGAAGUUGCGACAGUACAGACGCCGCACGGACACCGACUAGCCUCGCACGGCGCCCAAUGCAUCCACGCCACCUCAAGUAGAAGUUCACGUGUUCCUUUCGGAAACAAAAUGCAAGACUGAACACUGUACAUAUGCAGAUACCAAUGUAACAGAUCGCUUCGUCGAUAAAUAAAUAAAAACAA